AAUAGAUAUUUACGAAUCUCUCUAGGAUAAUAAUUUUUGUCAAGUUUACAUAACUUUCAGGUGUAUUACAUAUUUUCUAUAUUACGAAAAUUGUCAACCUAGAGUGUAAUAAUAUGUAAUACCAGAGAGAAAAUGACAGUGCUCACACUUAUGGCUCUAGUUGUUUCCGGGUUAGUGCUGCGCCACGCGGCCAAGUGCUAAAGGUGACGCAUUUAGCAUGAAUGUCUAUUAAAUAUUUCGUUUCCGAGUUUGUAGUUGUUCCAAUAUUUAAAAAAAUUAUAUUGUUACUUAUAUAACAAAUCUUUUUAAGUCUUUUUAAGAUACUUUUUAUAUUUAAAGUUGUUUAAAGAAGUCAUUUCUACGGUUUGAAGUAAACCGCAGAACAUAGCAGGCACACGUGACUCACGUAAGAUAUGUUGAGAAAGUAAACAGUUCAUUUUCUAAUUCACUUUUAGAAACAAAAAAUUUUAAUAAUGGAUAUAAUAAUUGAUACGAAAGGCCAAGCAGAUUUAGCGACAAAAGAUCGUUUGGUAGACAGCGAUGAGGACGACUUAGACUUUGAAAAUAACGGUACACAGUCGGUCAAAUUUUUUGACAUAGAGGAAGAUUUAAUCCAGGAUGAGAUUCCAAUUCAAAAAGUGGUUUUCAACCCCAGUAAGGAUAUAGAUCUUGAGGAAUUUGAAAAAGAUAUGGGUUGGUCAAACAAAACAGUAUCCUCAAAAAGAAGGGUUCAUACAGCAACUUCUGCCCCAGAUGUAACCGAACUGACAAAAGAAUUGACAUCGAUAGAUAAGAUACUUAAAAAAAGUGUCAUAACACCUGGUUUUGAACAGCUACAUGCUGUACCUCCUUAUAUGCUAAGUAAAAAGGUAUUACAAGCUAAGAGACGCAAAGAGCGUGCUAAAACUAAAGGCAAAGAUUGGUUUAACAUGCCUGCUCCUGAAUUGACACCAGAAGUCAGGCAUGAUCUUCAAGUUAUAAGAAUGAGAUCAGUGUUGGAUCCAAAACAUUUCUAUAAAAAGAAUGAUCUUAAAACAAUACCAAAGUACUUUCAAAUUGGUAAAGUUAUGGAUUCACAUUUGGAUUACUACUCUGGUCGUCUUACUAAGAAAGAACGUAAGAAGACAAUUGUUGAUGAACUUAUGGCUGAUGCUGAAUUUUCUAAGUUCAAUAAACGUAAAUAUAAAGAAAUCAUUGAUGAGAAGAGAAAAUUGCAUUAUAAAGCUCAUAGACAUGCAAAGAAACUUAAAGGGAAGAAGAAAAAAUAAAUACUAAUCGAAAAUAUGUAUUUUAACCUUAAGUUUGUAAAAUUUGCAAUUAUCAAAUGCAUUAUAAAAAUUACAAAAAUGUGUAUAUUUAAA